CAUUGUGCCAGCUUAUGCACAGCCCUUACCUUCCCUCCGAUCCAUAGCCUAGUCUCGAGCCCGUGUCCGUUGCACGAUACACCGAAAGCAGGCGAAGCCUGUCCUUCGGCGUCCGGUAGCCAGCGCUCGCAGAGUUAAUAGCUGGUUUGAGGCUGGGGCUGGUGUUGAAUCGUUAUGGUACCCUUUCGACACAGGCACUCACGGGAAGCACGCCGAAGCCACGAACAGACGCAUAACUCGAACCCCUUCGAAUGGAACGCUGAGCGCGACAAGUACAUCAUGACGUUCCCUAUUCACCCCCUGCCUUCCAUGCAGGCACCCUUCGAAGAGUCCAUGCUUGACGCAACGGGGGAGACUGGCUACGCACCUUUCCAGAACCCCAACAAGACCAUUGAGCAGCGCCAACAACUGCUCUGCAGAGACGUUGAGGCGGUUGACCUGGAGUGGAAUUUCACAUACAAUUGCCAUUGGAGAAACCAUCCGAAAGGAAAAUACCACCCGCUGCUCAAGACUAUUGCGCAAAUCGUCUUCGGCGUACAUCUCCUCCACCAACACCUAGAGAAGUCCGUCGCAGACGUUGCCGAUAUCUUGUUAAAGCACGUCAACGAGCUCGACAGCUUUCUACAGCGGGCCAACGAGGAUGUUGAGGGCAGCCUGAGGGACAUGUUAUUUCGUCGGAAAUGUUUGAAGGUGCCCAUGGAGCAUGUCAACGAGUUCGACCGCCUGCUCGACGACCGCAUGUAUCGAGCACAGCUUCUGGACGGCAAUGUCACGAUCGAACGGACCAUCAAUCGCAUGUCAGAGCUGCUCAAUGACUACCUCAUCGACAUGAGUACGUUUCGGGACGCGAACCAGGAUUUGCACAUAUAUCUUAGCAACCUUGGGGACGCGUGGGCAGAAGACAACGAUGAUGUUGGACGGAUUUACUCAGCCAUGUGCGGCAACACUGCUGGCUGGGCUCAAUUUCUCCAAAGCCUCGUUGCCAAAUCAGAAAAACUUGGGGUCGUGCUUGUGCAGGUCAGCAGCUACUGCAAUGAAAUCGAGAAACGUUGUGGAGCUGCUAGUCGACGUUCUCUGAUUGCAAGCCGAUCUUCAUCGCGAAACUCAAACUCGCGAGACACGGCACGGUCCUUCCGCAGCUUUUCAGAGAAUAAGCCGCUGCCUAUGGUGCCAAAUGAGAGACCACCCUUCAUGACAUCUCCGUUGGCAAAUAGUGAGGCGGGUUCUGGUGAUGAUGGCGCGAUUAAAAGACGUCCCAGCAAUCGAGCGGUACCCAGUGCAACAAGUCAAGUUAGGAUUGUUGCAAAUUCAGACUCAGACGAGUCUUUAAAGCGGCGCGACACCGAAUCGUCAUCAACUGUCGCUCCUGAAAAGCGCCCUCGUCCACCUGAAUCCGAGAAACAGCGAGAGGGUGACGUGAAGGACACUGAAUUCUAUCAAGACAGCUCUUCAUCUGGCCAUGACGCAGAUGUAGAGACAGAUACACGUGAUGAUCCGGACCUGUCGAGAGCUAACAAAGGGAAACGGCCGCAAUAUCCUUUGCAUUCAGAUAGUGAUACGAGCGACACGAUAGUUCCAAAGCGAAUCGAAGUGAGAGGAGUAAAAGGAGAUGGCAGUCCGCCGUUGACGGGAAAAGAUUCUGCGUACUCGUCGGUGUCUGGUGGGUCAUUUGCGUCUCCCAUGGUAGUACAACCUCGCUCAGCUUCGUCUCAAUCUUCGUAUCCGCGCGCCCAGUUUGGACUAUUCCCCAGCAGUUCCCCUGGUACCCCUAAGCACUCUAUAUCCGGACGCCACGGUGCCAUGUCUCCUGCAUUUUCAACGCCGAAGAUGCCCGACCAACCGGCAUAUUAUCCUGUACAGCGCUCCCAGUCAUCUCUUGACAACCAUAAUUCCUCGUCGCGGCGUCUCCUAAAGAAGUCGUCCCUCUCAUCGCUCAAGAGACUGUUCAGUAAAAAGAAGCAGAGCUCCGUAGAUACAAUUGCAGAGUAAUCCGGUUUCUGUUUUCAGCGG